UUCUUAUAACGAUUGGGUGGGAGGAGGGCGCGGAGAAAUACUUGCUUUUUUCCGAGUGACCGGAAAGCUGCCGGAGGCGGAACGAAGUUGGGGCAGCGAUGAUCGGAGUUCGCGAUUCGAAGGCGUUGCUGUCUCUGCUGGCAGGGGUGGAGCGUCCUUUCCGCGACGUGGCGGCGGAUUUUGGUUCCGUGUUCUCGCCGGAGAGCCGUUUUCAUGUCUGCUGCAGCCUCGCCAUACUCCUUGAGGAUAAAAAGAUGUUGAAGACUGCAGAGCGUUUGGUUGCAUUUGUAAUUCUCCAGCAAGCUUAUGCUGGACAACCACCCAGUUCAAAUCCUUUCUUGUCCACUCUCAUCAGCAUUGCAGGUAGUGAUUCUGCUGAAAAAGCUGAGAGGGCUUUCAUCUUGAAGUUGCUUGGGCCUGAAUGUGUGGAGAUCCUUAAACAGUCAGCUGUGGAUUUUAUUAAAGGAUUUGACCCCUUGUCUCAUGUCUACCUGCAGCAGGAACAGUUGCAAAGACAAUAUUCUGUUGAUUCUUCUCUGGAACCAUAUACAUCAUUGUUCAAAUCUUCUGCUGUUAAAAAUGUAAUAUCAGACCCUGAAAUCCCACGAGGAUGUGAUGCAGAUUCAUCAGAGUUUGAGUUGUCGAAUGGUGAAGCUAAACAAAAGGUUGGUUCUGGGACUAGGGACAUGGCUGUUACCGGCCUAUUGCAGAAUUUAUCACUGGAAGGAUUAUCUGCUCCAUGGUUCAGGCCCCGGCCGCCAAGGCUUCCUAUACUUGAUGGAGAGCUUGCUUGGUUAAACCCUGAGAACAACCAUGAGCUGCUGUGGGAUAAAGAUAUGUGUGCUGAUACUAGUCAGGGUCUUGUUGUGAGGGAUCUAAUGGCAAAGGCCCUUAAGGGAGCACUUUCCCCUACUCAGCAUGAGCAAUUGGUGAUGGAGCUCGCAAACAAUCCAAAGCUUGUAUACCACUGUGGUUUAAGCCCUCGAAAGUUACCUGAUCUUGUGGAAAACAAUCCCCUUAUCACAGUCGAAGUCCUCAGGAAGAUGAUGAACUCCCCUGAAAUUUCAGAAUACUUUCGGGUUCUUGUGACUAUGGACAUGAGCCUUCAUUCUAUGGAGGUUGUGAACAGACUUACUACGGCAGUUGAUCUCCCAACAGAUUUUUUACAGGCCUAUAUAUCAAACUGUAUACAAUCGUGUGAAAACAUUAAGGAUAAAUAUAUGCAAAACAGAUUAGUCAGACUGGUAUGUGUCUUCCUGCAGAGCCUCAUCCGGAACAGAAUAAUUAAUGUGAACGAUCUUCUCAUUGAAGUUCAAGCUUUCUGCAUCGAGUUUUCACGGAUUAGGGAAGCAGCAGGACUUUUCAGAUUACUGAAGUCCAUGGAAUGAAUGCCUCCUCCACGUUUUCUCUUGUCUAGUGCAGUAGAUAACCAUGUCCUUAAAAUCGUUUGGAUAUAGAUGGCAUCUACAUUUUCUGUUGCCUCUUUAAUUUUUAUUGAUCUCAUUUUAUCAUUUCUUGAUGUAUAUGGACUUGAACAAAAAAAAAUCACUAAAGGACAUCUCUUCUGAAGAUGUCUGAGUCUGAUCUAGUUAGGUUGUAAAAAAACUGGCAGCAUCAAAGAUUAUGUUAUCAAAAAACAUUCGGCGUAAUUGUUUAAAGGAAGUUCUGUACUA